UCAAAGAACAGCUCUGCUGAAUUAAGUCAAAGAUCCACCUAGUUCAGAUUCCAGGAGCCUGGACAGAAAAUCAUGUCUUGGAAUCUCACAGCAAGUAUAAUGCUUGUAUCUGUUGUGUAUGAUUCACUUACUUGUAUGGCAAAUUAACCAGUAAUGAUAAAAUUAAAACACUAUUUGUUUUCUUUACAGAUGUAUCCCAUGAAAACUUAAAAAUGGAGCUGGGGAAAGGAAAGCUGUUGAGAACUGGCCUUAAUGCCUUAUACCAGGCCAUCCAUCCUGUGCAUGGGAUUGCUUGGACAGAUGGAAAGCAAGUGAUAUUGACUUCUUUAUACCAGCAUAAUGGAGAACCUAACUUUGGCAACUCGAAUGUUGUGGGUCAAUUUGAACACGUCCAUGGACUUUACUGGGGUCCAUUUUGUGCUCCAGAUGCUCCUGCACUCCUUGCUAUUCAGCAUAAAAGACACAUUACAAUGUGGCAACUCUGUUACAGUGUUUCAGAACAAAACAAAUUGAUGGUUUAUCAAAUCAGUGAAAUCAGUGAGCUGUUUCCUAUACUUCCUCAGGGUUGUGUCUGGCAUCCCAAAAAAGAAAUCUUGGCUGUGCUCACUACGCGAGAAACUUCUGUGCUCCAUUCGGUGCGUCUCAAUAACUCCAGAAUAAAAGCAGAUCUCAAAGGUACCGGUAUCAUUCAUUGUGCUUGUUGGACUGAGGAAGGCAGCCGUUUGGUGAUUGGGAUAGGUAGUGCACUCCAUUCCUAUAUGUGGGAUGAUGAUCAGAAAACCUUAAAUCCAUGCUCCUUUUGUCCAAUAUUUGAUGUUGGGGGCUACGUUUGUGCAGUGGAACCAACUGUGAGUGCACAAGUGGCAGUUGCUACUGAACUACCACUAGAUAAGAUCUGCAGCUUAAAUGCUGGUAUUUCAUUUGAAAUCCCAACGGAGCUUACUGGAAAUUCUAUUCCCUCCCAAAGUGGCCCAUUGGGAUAUGAUGGUGACCUCUCUGUGGAUGGUGGAAAAACGUUAACAGACCAGGAAAAGUCCAUUGGAACUUUUGCAUCAUCACCAGUGGAUUUGAUUCAUUUUCCUUCAAGCAAACAGCAAUCUGAAAACAGUCCUCUCAUUAAUCUAAGACCCAAGGAUUACCUAACUGGAAGUGGUCAAGAUGCAUCACAUUUGAUUUUGGUGACUUUUGAAAGAAAAGUGACAACUAGCAAAAAAGUCAGCAUCCCAGGUAUCCUGGUCCCAGAUAUCAUGGCUUUUGACUCUAAAACACAGACUGUGGCAGUUGCCUCCAAUACUUGUAAUGUAAUUUUAACAUAUUCCUUAAUUUCAUCACAUCUGCCUAACAUUCAACAAAUGCAGCUGGAAAAAAAUGAGAGGCCGAAGGGAUUGUGUUUCCUGACAGAGAAACUGUUGCUGAUCCUGGUUGGAAAACAGAAAUUAAUGGACCCUGCUUUUCUCCCAUCUUCACGCUCAGAUAAGUACAUUCUCCGCUUGAUAGUCAAAAAGGUUGCCUGCAGAGAAGUUCCCUCUGCACUUUCAGGUCCUACUCAGGUUUGUUUUAGGAACGUACCAGUGAAAAGAGAGAGCAUUGAAAGUCAUUCUUCUGAUGCUCACUCUUUGAGGGAAGGAUUGCUGCUCCCAGGUUGCACAAUCAUGCCAUCUCCUGGGAAGAAAAAACUGAUAGAAGAAAUUAAAAACACUCCUAAUGAGCAAUGCCUGUUAACAAGCAUUGUGGAUUCUGCUGAGAAAAAGAUGCCUGUGGAUUUUCCCGAAGCUUUCAGAACUUUGGACAUUGAGCCACUAGCUCAUUCCUUUGCUCUUCCAGGGUUUGAAAACCCUUCAGGAUUGCUAAAUAUGCCAAUUUCACCAAACACACCAGGAGACAGUUCUCAUGAACCUUCUAAGUUAUGCAGCAAACAAAUGCAGAGUUCUCAUGAAAUAAAAAGGAACUUAUUGCAAAGUGAAAAAGAAGUUACUUGUAUCUCUAAAAAUCUAGAAAAACUGUGCUACAGCUUUGCAGAACUUCAGCAUCAACUUUUUGAAAUAACUGAACUUCUGAGAUCUGGAAAAAAAAAUGUUCCACAAUAUCCACCAUCUUGUGAGCCUUCUUUUGUUAACAUAAUUUGCCAGAAGGAGGCUUCAGGAGCUGUUACUUCUGAAAAUCGCGCUUUUCUCCUCUGUGAUGGAAAACUCCGUCUGAGUAUAAUUCAGCAAACUUUUGAUGUGUGUGUAGUUGAAAUGCAGCAUAAUUUAUCCUGGAUUGUUCUUACAGCGGACAGUGAUGGUUUUAUUCCAUUAACAUUUGAAUCCCAGCAGGAGAUCAUCAUAAGAGACGUGAAUGCCAAAUCUAGUGACAGCAGUAGCACGUCUUCCAAAGCACUUGGUGUGGUCAGUUCCGCAGAGGGAUACAGGAAACUUUCCUCCCAAAGUCUGGAUUUCACAGCCAGCUCCAUGGAAGUCUUGAGAGAACAGUCUUCUCAGUGUGUAGUAGAGAACAGCCAUUCUUCAGGCCAAACCAGCAGCUCUUCCUAAUCAUGACCGUUAUGGACACAGAAGUGAAAUCUUUCAUGAUGCAUAAUUAAAGUUGGGACUUCAUUGUAUAUUGUGCUUUCACAAGGGGGUGAUGUUUUGCUGAACCAUUGCUCUUGCCUUUGAUUCCUUUUCACUAUUACUCCAUGGCUUGCUUGGCAUUUUGGCAAAUCAUUUAAAUUAUUCUUGCCUGGUAGAGCUGGUAGACCAGGUGUGCAAGGCUCCUCAGUCUCUACAAGCCUAUUUGCCAGGUGGACUGGACAUAUUUUCAUUUUUAGAUUCUAUCAGCAAUUAUUUUGCUCUGCUGAACACUAAGUUAAAUGUUUGCCAAAGCCUAAAAGGGCUUUUUUGUGAAGAAAGAGGACUGUUUGCCCUUAGCAUUUUCUCAGAAGUAUCAGUGGCAUGAACAUACUGAAAAAAAAAAGUGUGGAUUUCUAGUGAUUCUAGAAGUAUAAAACAAAACUGAGUCACGUUUACUACUGUAUAAUAAGAUGAAGUCUUACACCUGUAGUUUCUGCAUCAUCAUACUACUUUUAACUUCAUUUUACCAGUGCCUGUUAAGAAUGUACUUGAAAGUUAUUAGACCAUUUACAAAACUACUUACUAGUGAGUACCAAAGUCCUUCAGAUAUAACAGUACCUGCAAUUAAACUUGACUCAUUUUUACUGUUUUCCUUUAGUGUCCAAAAACCACUUACAGUAUGCAUGUAAGCUAAAUAGCUCUAAUUUACAAAAUAAUAAAAAUAAUUUAAUUCAUAAUA